AUGAACUUCCUGAUUACGGAUGUUCAGGAGAAGGAGGUGACUGAACCGACAGCUCCAAGCUUCCAUCAGGUUAAAUCGACUACAACCGGGUUCCCCGAACAUAAGAAGCGAACUCGGAUCUCAGCCUUCAAGCAAAAGCGACAGGCCGCAAAGCCAGAAGGAGACAAGCCAAAAGGAGAGACACCAAAAGUUUACACGACAGGAUCGAAAGAACCUCUUUCCCCACCAAGUCAAGAUGCGCAACAGACAACGCGACCAAGAGAUGAUCCCAAGUUGAACGAACAGGACAGUAUAGAUCGCGAAAACAAUGAUAGAAUAGCAUCCAUGUCACCAGAAGAGAUAGAGGCGGCUAGACAAGAGCUUUUCAAUGGUCUGGAUCCCUCUAUACUCGAAAUGCUACUCAAACGCGCCAACUUGGACGAAUCCACUGGGCCCUCACCUUUCGAUCCUCCUCCUAAUUCUACCUCCCAGGAUACCUCCUCAGAUGCAAAGCCGACGCAAGAUCCUCCUGAGAUAUUGGUAGAAGAUACAUCCGCUCAAUCAAAUAGUAAUAAACCCGAUGAGAAACCCUCAGAGCAGACCGAGACAGAACCAGCUACUACGGCCGGUUCUAAACAUGUACGAUGGGCCUCAGUAGCAGACGAGGAAGAGGAAGAAGCGAAAGCAAUUCCGGAGACAAAACCAACACCCGCCUCACAAGUCUCUUCCGAUAACACCGCCGCACAGAAUCCCCCUUCGGCAGAGCCCGCAGAACAACCCAACCCUAUCGACCCCGAACAAGCACCAACCAAGCCGCACUGGCCGCAGCCCCCUCAACCCGGAGACCUCGACCCGCACGACCCCGACUUCCUCCAAAAGCUCCACGAGAAGUACUUCCCAAGCCUGCCCGCGGACCCCUCGAAACUAGCCUGGAUGGCGCCCGUGCCGACGCCCAACUCGCCCGCCGACUACGACAGCCCGUACCAUCCACAGCAGGACUCCCUCCCCGUCUCCGUGCUGCGCUUCGACUUCCGGGGCUCGUUACUCCCGCCGCGGAUCGCGCGCGCCGUCCCCGUGACCAAGGGCCUGCACCACCACGGCGAGGCGCCAGAGGCCGCGGGGUACACGGUGCGCGAGCUAGCGCGCCUAUGCCGCAGCGCCGUUCCGGGCCAGAGGUGUGUUGCGUACCAGACUCUCGGUCGCAUUCUGUACCGGCUCGGGCGCGGCGAGUUUGGCGGGGCAGACGCCGCCGUCGCUCAAGGCAUAUGGGCGGAUGUGGAGGAUGGCGCCGUCAUGCGCAGCUUAUAUGAGGAGGCGGGAACCGAGGAGGGUAGAGGACACCGUAGCGCAAGAGUGUUUGCUAUAGAAGCGAUAUGGCUAUACGAGAAGGGCGGGUGGAAAGAGCGUUUGCGAAAGGGCAAAUAG